AUGUUGGAUUUGAACACAAGCUUUCGACUGUGGAAGAACUGUGAGGAAAACUGCACUGGCGGUCAAACCUGGAAAGUUUGUAUUGAUACAUUUUUAAUUCAUUUCUUCUUGGUAGCAGCAGCACUAACGAAACUGAGCAGUUUAAUAGUAGCGACGGCGUUGGCAAUUGACCAAGGACUAGUUUUUACCAAUUUUGACGCGAUGUAAGAUGAGAUGUUAUACAAUUACGAUCAUAAUUUGCAUAUAAGUUUGGCAUAGGAAACGAAGUGACUGUCAGUAUAACACUAUUGAUAUACUGAUAUGUUGUCAUGGAUUAUGGUGAACGUGUAAGAUAGGAAGUAUUUAUAUUUUGCCGACACAUGCAUGUAUCAUCAUAUGUUAUUUCGCCAUACGACCUUUUUUAUCUUUUAUUAAGUAAAGGACAGAAAAAAAUCCUUGGGCUCCUUGCAACAACUGCCACAGAAUUGCAAAUUCAAAUUAUAUACAAACCACAUGUAAUUUAAAAAUUCAGUUAUUAUAGCCUUUGCGUAAAUAGCUAGACGGAUCUAUGGCUUUGACAGUUGACCUGAAAUUCGAGUACGUUCCAUAUAACUGAUAGAUUGUGUUGGAAGAGUAACAAAAGUGAAAGACGUCUUUAAUUUCUGCGUGAAAAACUAAUUAGUCUUUGUAAAAAGUCGUGGCAAUUAAUAAGUGCUUAAUAUACAAGCAGCGAAUAAAAAAAGAACAUAAACCCCCAAAAAUCUGUUUGAGUGGGUUGGAUAAUGAUGAGGCUAAUGUAUCCGUGUCGAACAUCAAUACUUGCCUUGAAUGCAUGCCGCCUGUUAUGUUUGAGUUUUCAGUGGCGGAACUGGGUGAAACGUCGUUUUUCGUGCGUAAAAAGUCUUGCGUAAAAGUCGUAAUGAGUCGAAAAAUACCCUAAAUUUGCGGUUUUCCCUAAAAAGUAGCCGCCUGCUCUCAGCCGGAAUGGGCGCUGCUGAGGAGGCUAGCUAAAAAAACCAUUUUAAUUUGUGGAAUAAUUUCUGUUCAGUAAAAAGCAUCAUAAGUGUUGUCCAAUGCUCAACUGAAGUUAAAAUGCAAUGUGUGAAGCCUGGUUUUUACUGGCGACAUAAUAAUAUUAUAAGCAAGACAAAAAAAAAAUUCCUUACAAUUUGCUUUUUUCUACCAUAUAGGUAGCUUAUAAUACACUUGGAGUUGUGGUCAAGUGUCGAUGCUUAUUCAGCACUUCACUGCAUUUAUUCGUUGUGCAUUUGCAACGUCAAAUACGCUUGCAUGCAUUGUUAUUGAACCCUUAUAUAGGGUUGAUAACACAAUUAAACUUUAUAUAUGGAAUAUAAGCCAUAAGGCAAUAUGUCCAGUUGGUAUAUACACCUAAAAAUAUGCGAUAGACUACAUUGAAAUUGUUGUGUGGGAAAUAUAUUAAUUCUUCAACAAACCCUAGAAUAUAUUUAUAUAUGUCCAUCCUCAUAUCUAAACCAUGCAUUGAGAUUUGAGAAAACAACUAGGCUAAUAGAACUUUGCGUUCGAAAUGAAAUGAACUACAUAUAGGCAGAGCGCAACAAGAUGUAAAGCCUAUGCCGGAGGCAAUUAAUUGAAGGAAACGUUAUAAUUAAAUGCAUGAUAACACGUCGUAUUCCGACAAAAAAGUCGCCUAUUCACACACUGCCAAAGACUUUGUGAGUUUAUAGUCUGUUCCCACGACGGUUAUACUGUAUCCUGCGCAUCAGCGGUAGUUUUAGCAGCUUUCACUAAAGUCCUGUUUACACUACAAGCCUUGGUAAAUGUGCCGCGUUUACACCCUUACAUUAUUUUUUUGAGACUGGCUGAAUUUGGUCUAGAAUUUUGUAAUUAAUUUUGUGUAUUUUUAUGUGUUGCCCGUUGUCCGCUCGUCCGACAAUAUCUCACUGUGCCCUGUGGACACACGUUUCCAUAAAAACAAAGUCUGUGCCGUAAGUGUUUACAUUCCCACAAGCGUAAGCCAUGCCUAGGUCACCGGUUGUAGUUGCCCAGAUUUCCUGGCUAUCAUGGUUAGGCCAAGGCUAGGCCAAAGUCUGUUUACACUUUACACUGCCAAAGUGUAGGCCAAGGCCAGGCGAAGGCUUGUAGUGUAAACACAACUUCAAGAGAGAAAUAAAAACAUAUUAUAUUGAUAUACGAUGUAUUGCGUGGUUUUUGAAAACGAAGCAACGACAUAUAUAUAGCAUAUUAUGCUAUAUAGAUAUAUUGCGUGCAUGAAGGUUUCUUAAUUUAAGAAACAAACAACAACAUAUUAUAUUGCUAUAUGAUAUAUUGCGUGAGUUCUUAAUAAGAACGAAGCAACAACAUAUUAUAUUUAUUUAUUCAUGUAGGCCUAAGAUUGUAAUGUAAGGAUGUUCCCGUUCCCGUGUUAUGUACGCGUGUGGUCUCUUGACAAAGAAGCAAAAUUACGUUGAUAUAUUGCGCGAGUUCUUAAGGUGGAGUAAUACCAGCAACAAAAUUGCUGCAACUUGCAACAAAAUCUUAUUUCAACGCAUGUUAAUUGAAAAUGUUCACACACACAUUACAAAUCAGGAGGCAACAUGUGUCAACAUUUCUACUUAACAUGCGUUGAAAUCGGAUUUUGUUGCAAGUUGCAGCAAUUUUGUUGCUGGUAUUACUCCACCUUAAGAACGAAGCAACAACAUAUUGUUAUAUUAUUGAUAAAAGAAAUGUCUAUUGACUUGCAUAUUAUUUUUCCAUUGGAUGCAGUUGAUCUCUUGAGAAGGAGGCAACAACAUAUUAUAUUCAUAUAUUGCGUGUAGGUUUCUUACUUUAAGAAGGAAAGAACAACAUAUUAUAUUGCUAUAUAACAACAUUAUAUAUUAUAUUUAUUUAUUCAUAUAAGGAUCUUCCCGUUCCCGUGUUAUGUACGCAUGCAUGGUCCCAUGAGAACGAAGCAAAAUUAUGUUGAUAUAGUGCGUGAGUUAAUUCUUGACUUAAGAACGAAGCAACAAUAUAUUAUAUUAUUGAUAUAAGGAUCUUCCCGUUCCCGUGCCAUGUAUGUGGUCUCUUGAGAACGAAGGAAAAUUAUAUCGAUAUAUUGCGCGUCUCUUGAGAACAAAGGAACGUUUCUUAAGCGAACGUUAUCACAACAUAUUAUAUUGAUAUAUUGCGUGAUUUCUUAAGAACGAAGCAAUUACAACAUAUUAUAUCAUGAUUGAUAUAAGGAUCUUUCCUUUCCGCGUUAUAUAAAUGUGGUCUCUUGAGAACGAAGCAACAACAUAUUAUAUUGAUAUAUUGCGUGUAGGUUUCUUAAUUAAGAAAGAAACAACAACAUAUUAGGCCACUCCAAAUUAGACUUUAGUUUCCCGUCCACCGCCCGCGUCUGCUGAAACUAGCCGCAUGAUUUCUCCAUUAUUGCUAUUUUGUUUCCAUUAUUUGAUUUUGAAUAUCUACUGUUUAGAAAAGUAAAUAUUUAUCGUUAAAAUCAAAAUAAAAUCGUAAAAAUUUAUGUUGAUAUAAAUAUACACGAACUUCAAAGUAUGAUUUGUAUUUUUAUACAAAAAUAAUGUAGUAUUUUGUUUGCUUUUACGGAAACCGCUGAGUUCGAAGAAUUGUGUGAGGGCGCGUAUCAGUUUCCGCGGGAAAUCUUGUUGCUAAACAUGCAAUGUCUCCGGUUUUUUGAUGCAACGGCAGAUAUUUUACGUAUGCAUUUACUACAUUAUGUUAGUAAAUGUGUCAGUGUAUGGUUCAUGCAGUUGUUCCAAGACCCUUCUUCCUUGGACAAUUCUAAACAUUGAAGAUGAUAGGUGCAGCAUCGCUGAUUUCUACAAAACUGUAAGUGUCAAUAGUUUAUGUAUUAUUAUUCUGACGACAUCAUUUGAUCAUGAAUAUUUGAAUUUUUAAUAAAAGGAUAUUCAUUUGGUUGCUACGUUAUAAAAUGAUAAAUUAUUUAUUUAAUACUCGUGUCGAAUCAAGCCUAAAAUUGAGAUGAUGCAAGCAUUGGGUUUUCACGGGGUUUUCAACUUUGCAUGGCCAUGGGUGAAAGCAAACUGGUUUACAAUACAAUUUGCAUUUUCAAUAGAAUAUAAAUAUAAACUGUCAUUAUUAAUAUAAGUAUUUAAAAAAUAUUUUUUAUUUUUAUAUAAAAGUGUUUUAUAUAUAUUUAUUAUUGGAUAAUAGAUUUUCAGUUUUUGUAAAUGAGAUUUAUGCAUCCUUGUUCCCAGAGCUUCUCGACUGCCUGUGUUGCCAUAAGCCCUGGGACAAGCUGAACUGGAAGAGAGAUUGAUUUGUCACUCGAUCAGGAAUGGCCAAUAGAAUGCGAGUGUCGAUAUAAAACAAACACCUGGAUUUUUGGUAACACAGAUAGCCGAGAAGCCCUGGGAACGAUGAUGGAAUUUAUGCGGGUUUAAUAUGUCAUGCUAUUGUUCUCGCCACUAUUAAAGCCUCGAUUUGAUGCUACAUGUUCACUUGGUGCCAAAGUGAGGCUUGGUGGUAAAAACAACAAUGUGACACAAACCUGCAUAUUAAACACUAAUGCAAAAAAAAUGUGUCUUCAAUCAAUGUGUUCAACAUAAAGUACAUUAUUUGAGACACUAAUCUGAAUAAAAAUAGGUUGUUUACAGCUUUCCAGGUCAGAGGCCAAAUAUAAUAUAAGAGCAAUUUCUACUUCAAUAGUUUUAAGGUCUGUAGCUCCAGAUUGUAAUUAGUUAACCAUUGGUUUGGUUGACUUAAAUAUUUUAGAUUGUUAAACAAAGGCUGAUAACUGACAAGGAACACUGUGAAAUUGAGCAAGUACGAAUAGGGAGUUCCAAGGAAUCUCUGGAUAACCUUGGUGAUAACACUUUAACAACAUGUGAUGUUAUAUCGCUGUUUGGGCACUACAUUAAGUACUAUGUAAAAUGUUGCUUGGUCGCAGAAGCUCAGCCAGUAGUGAAUGCAUUUGAAAUACUGAUGCUAGCUCAAUCAACACGUAACACUGUAAAUCUUCCUCAACCCUUGGUCAUUAAAAACAAACUGGAUCAACUCACCAAUGAUCUACGUUCACUAUUUGAAUCGAAAGGAUUUGUGUGGAAGGCAGAUGAAGUACAUGGAGGAACUGCAUCUAAAACCCUUCAAGUAUUGAGAGAUGUGUUGUGGUACAUUGAUGGUCCCCACGCAACACUGCAUGAGCGAAGCUGUCACAUCCCAAAGGUUUUUAACAAUUUUAAAGGCUAUAAUCAACCACAAAAUCACAAACAUCGUAAACGACAAGCCAAUUCACUGUCAAGAGAGGUCCUUCUAGCCCACUCCCAGAGCCUGUUUGCAAUUCUUCAGCAUUCUUUCUGGAUCCGGUCAGAAUGGACAAGCCUGAAACCAUCAGUGGAUCAGUUGGCACGUUCAUUGGCCAGCUAUGCUGACCAACUACUGACCAAAAGAAUUAAGAUGCAAAAUGCUCAUGAAUCGAAUCAGGUAAUUCGCGACAUCGGGCAAAAUCUAUCGGUACGAUUUACUGGUGUUCGUUCAUCGCCCCCACCACCUUAUCUGGAUCCAAUCUAUCAAGCUAUAGAAACAGCUGGCCCCAACCAACCGAUAGAACUUGAUUUAUUGUUACCCACUGAUCGACGCAGGAGGUAUGAAUGGUUGAUGGACCUAAAACAAGGUCUGCAGGUGCCACUAGUCCAUGUAUCGUAUGCACCAGGAGGAAAUGUCGGAAAUUUAAAUUGGUUAUGGCAUUCCACGGCAACAAAUAUAGACAAUGCCUUGCAGGCAACCCAACCACUCAUUGAAGAACUGAAGAAGAGCAUUCCCCAAUACCACACUCGAGCCAUGAGGAGAACUAUGUAUGCUAAGUUUGGAUUAGUGAUGUCAACAACAAAAAAGUCCGUGUUGAGAGUUAUGUAUAAAGAGUUGGUGAACGAUUGUUCUGCUUCAGCAAACCUCAGCGAAUCUGAAAUAGACGGAAGAAUUGCAACAUUGUUUGAGCUUGAAGAGCCUUCUUUGGUGUAUGACCUGCGUGACCAUUUCGAUGGAAAGCAAACUAAGUUCGACAUUUUUUGGGCGAAUGCCAAAGAAUAUCUCGAGGAGGACAUUGGCACAGCUGUUGAUGAUCGAAGACAUUCAACUGUUUUACAUGUAGCAAAGGCCAUAUCUGUUCGGGACUUGCGUGAACAAGUUUCUGCAAGAUGCCCAGAUGGUACUGCUAUACCUUGUGAUGAAUGGAUACGCCUCCAGUUUGCACCUAUCAAUGCAUCAACGCGCACAGCACUUCGGUAUACUGGGCGCUUGAAAGUCAGACAUCGAGUACAGCAACGACAGUGGAGAAAGCAACAUCCAGACUCUCAUUAUGCUGCAUGUAUCUAUCGCUAUGAGAGAGUAUGCUGUUUUGAUGAGAGAAUACUCAGUAUUUCUUAGCAUAGAUGACAAGCACAAAGUCAAAGUUGGUGAGCCUGACUUGCCUGUCGCUUCCGCUGAACGUGGACGUCAAGUUAUUGUUCGUGUUGGAUCCCAGUUACUUGCAGCAGAUCAUGAUUUCACAAAGUUCAGUAUUAUCCCAUCCGUAGUUCUUCAAACAGAAAUACCAGAAGAGUUCAGUGGUUCGUGGUAUGAUGGCCAAGUUAUGGUGAUGUUGAAAGAAGGAGCAUUUGAACCUUCAUCGCCAGCCCGUCACUCUACAGAGAUGGCUACCAUCAUUAAGGAGAAAGUUCCCAACCACCCAAUCCUUUUCAUCUAUUCCGAUGGAGGGCCAGAUCAUCGGUUGACGUACCUCUCUGUCAAAUUGGCGCUAAUUGCACUUUAUUUGAAGCUGGAUUUAGAUUACCUCUGCGCUGCAAGAACUGCACCUCAUCAUUCCUAUCGCAAUCCAGUUGAGCGAAUAAUGUCUAUUAUCAACUUAGGCUUACAAGCACUGGCUUUGGCCAGGGCGAAAAUGCCUGACGAAAUGGAGGCGCUAGCAAAAAAAUGCAACAGCCUCAAGGCACUUCGCAAAGUCGCCCAAGGAAAACCACAGUUUAGAGAUACCUGUUUGGACGCCUUGACUCCUGUCAAGGUUUUGCUCAGUGAUGUUGUUCGUCGUCUGGAGUUGAAAGAAAAGAAGUUCGAGGUGUUUACCGCUGCAACUGAGGAUGAGCUCGAUGAAUUUUGGACGUCGUUAUCUGCUCUUGACGAAGAAUUCCAUUUGGGUCAUGACGAGAAAGUGAAUACGACAAACGUCACCCAAGGUGUAAAAGAAUUCCUUUUACACUGCUGCAGAGAGAGGCACUACUUUUUUGACAUCCUUAAAUGUGGAAAUCCAGAGUGUUCUACAUGCCCCGCUCCUAGACUCCCGGGAGCUGAAUUUGCGAAGCUACGGCAUUUGCCUGACCCUGUUCCUGGUAACGAUGGUCACUAUAAACCAUUUGGUGAGGUCUUCGGGACAACAACCACGGAAGACGAUCGUCCAUCGAAAGCCAAUUCAAAAGAGAAGGCCUUACCGUUUUACCCUAGUGUCCAGCAUGUUAAGAAUACGCAGAUGAUGCUACUGUGUGAAGAAUGCUCAAUGUGGAGGCUGGUCUAUUCGAAGCGAAAGUUAAAGCAAGUGGAAAAGACAAAUAUCCAGCGUGCACUAGAUGGCAUGUCUUUUUCUUGUGGGGCACAGUUGCAAGAUGCUGACAUUCCGGAACAUCUUAAAGAUACUGUUUUUGUACGCCGGAUGGGUUGCGAACAGCCAGUCGAGAAGCUGUAUUACUCAGCUAAGUUUGAAGACAUUUGUGUCCACUGUUCGGGUGAUGAUGUUGCUCCGUGGAGUGACUUGGAGGAAUAUUAUCCUCAGUGUGACGGUUGCUCUGCGAAGCCCAAGAUUCCAAAUGCCAAGAAGAAGAAGAAAUGA